AGCUACAAAAAUACUAAUCCCCACACGUCGCACAUGGACAAUCCCUUAAAAGUAAAACUAGGAAAGAGAGUUGCUACUGGUCCGUAUCAUUUGCUAUUCUCUGCAUAAAUAAAAAUGAGGGAAAAAGGAGAGGAUGCAUUGUUAUUGCCUCUUCUGAAAGAUCAAGAAAAGAAAAGUAGUGUGAAGGAAGAAGUGAAGAAGCAGAUAUGGCUAUCGGGUCCACUAAUGGGCGUGAGUCUUCUUCAGUAUUGUCUACAAGUCAUCUCCGUCAUGUUCGUCGGCCAUCUUGGCUCUCUUCCUCUUUCAACCGCCUCCUUAGCCACCUCUUUCGCCUCCGUCACCGGUUUCAGCUUCCUCAUGGGAACAGCAAGUGCGUUAGAUACACUUUGUGGCCAAUCGUACGGAGCGAAGAAGUACGGAAUGUUAGGGAUACAAAUGCAAAGAGCAAUGUUUGUUCUUACACUACUCUCUGUUCCUCUCUCCAUCAUCUGGUAUAACACAGAGCACUUCCUUGUCUUCUUCGGGCAAGACAAAUCCAUUGCUUCACUCUCUGGCUCCUAUGCAACAUUCAUGAUCCCAAGCAUCUUCGCCUACGGUCUACUUCAAUGCUUAAACAGGUUUCUACAGGCACAGAACAAUGUGUUUCCUGUGGUCUUCUGCUCUGGAAUCACCACUUGUCUUCACGUCCUCCUUUGUUGGGUCUUGGUUUUGAACUCGAGUUUAGGGUUUAAAGGAGCUGCUGUGGCUAACUCUAUCUCGUAUUGGCUUAAUGCCCUUCUCCUGUUCUCUUACGUCAAGCUAUCGCCUUCUUGCUCACUGACUUGGACCGGUUUCUCUAUGGAGGCUCUACGCGACAUCUUCCCUUUUAUGAAACUAGCUAUUCCUUCUGCACUUAUGGUCUGCUUGGAGAUGUGGUCCUAUGAGCUUGUUGUUCUCGUAUCAGGCCUUCUUCCAAACUCAGUCAUUGAAACUUCUGUUCUCUCAAUCUGCGUUAACACAUCAGGAAUAGUUUGGAUGAUCCCGUUUGGUCUUAGUGGCGCUGCAAGCACUAGGGUAUCAAAUGAGCUAGGAGCAGGAAAUCCAAGAGUGGCUAAGCUUGCAGUGCAUGUGGUCAUUUGCAUCGCAAUUGCAGAAAGCAUAGUGAUUGGAUUGAUUUUAAUACUGAUAAGGAAUCUAUGGGGAAUGGCUUACAGUAGUGAACCAGAAGUAGUCACCUACAUAGCCUCCAUGAUGCCGAUUCUCGCCUUAGGAAAUUUUAUUGACAGUAUUCAAUGUGUUCUUUCAGGGGUUGCUAGAGGAUGUGGGCUGCAGAAGAUAGGAGCAUUUGUGAAUCUUGCAUCAUAUUAUUUGGUUGGAUUGCCUUCGGGCUUGUUACUUGGUUUUCACUUUCACGUUGGUGGUCGGGGGCUUUGGCUUGGAAUCGUAUGCGCAAUGGUUGUUCAAGUUAUAUGUCUUUCACUCGUCACCAUCUUUACAAAUUGGGAUGAAGAGGCCAAGAAAGCUAUCAAAAGAGUCCAGUCUUCUUCAGGUGUGAAGGAUGCUUCAACCGAUAACGAGUCAACUGUUGUCUUAUGAGAGUUAAUGAGAAACCUUAUAAUUAUAUAUGUGGAGAUUGAUAAUUAUACAUUUUGAAUAACUUAAAUAAAAGAAUAAAUGCUUUCUUUGAAUAUAACAAGUCGAUGUUUGUCACUUAUAUGUUCAAUAUUGUAAGCUUUUGAUUUUAUAAAGUAAACUUUUAUAAUUUUCA